AUGGCGCAAUGUAAGAUCGACUUUGGCGAAUGUCUGAAAGAUUCGCCCAAAUUUAGGUUACGGCUGGAGCAGGAAGAGGCCGAAAUCGAACACCUUGAGACGCGGUUGGAGAAAAUCAUCAAAGCAUGCAGCGCGGCCGUCGACAGUGGCAAGGAGUACAUUCGGCACCAGAGCACAUUCGCCACCUCGCUGUGGGAUCUGCAGAAACACUUUCAGGACAGCAAGAAUUCAACCAACAAACUGGCGCAGCUGAUACAGCUGCUGCAGGAGAUGAACAUGUUCCACACAACGCUGCUCGAUCAAGCGAACCGUACCGUGCUGAAGAAUCUAACCGGCUUCCUGAAGCGUGACAUUCGCGAGGUGAAGGAAUAUCGACAAAUCUUCACCAAGGUAUCGGAGAAUCUCGACAAUGCCGUGUACAAAAAUUCGCAAGUUAGCCGCAACCGUCCAGCCGACGUGCUCGAGGCGGAGAACGUUUUAUCUGCUUCGAAAUCGUGCUUCAACCAUACCGCGCUCGACUACGUCAACUACAUCACACUACUGCAGAACCGGAAGCGGCACGAAAUAUUGGGUACGCUGUUGAGCUAUCUGCAGGCCUGCAGCACCUACUUCCACCAGGGAACGGAUCUGUGCGAAGACUACGGGACAUUCUUCAAGGAAUUGAAUGACGAAAUUGGACUAAUGCGGUCGGAGUACGGUGUGCUGGACAAGCAGAUGCAAAACCGCCACACGUGCGUGAACGAUCCACGCCCGGACCAGCCAGAGCCGGCUAGCGAUACGGCUAGCGGGGGCGAUUGUGGUGGUGCUGGUGGUGAUGCCGGCGGUGGGGGCGCUGAUAAUGACGGUGGCGUUGGUCGCUUUCCAAAUUACAUGGAGGGCUAUCUGUUUAAGCGUACCUCGAACGCGUUCAAAACGUGGAACAGGCGGUGGUUCUGUAUGCGCGACAAUCAACUCUUCUACCGCAAACGUACCGGCGAAGAGUUGCCCACGGUGAUGGAGGAAGAUUUGCGGCUCUGCACGGUCCGGCCACUCGCCGAUUCGGACCGGCGCUACUGUUUUGAAGUUAUAUCACCGGCCAAAUCACACAUACUGCAAGCGGACUCGGAAACGAUGAUGAACGCGUGGAUAAAAGCCCUGCAAAAGGGUAUCGACUCAGCCAUCCAGCAUAACAGUGCAUACAGUAGUGAUAUGCGAGGUCUGGUUAGUAGUGUUGGUGGUGGAGGAGGUAAUUCGGGUGUGGGUAGAGGACCGGGUGGUAGUGCAUCGGCGAGUGAUGGUAACCGAUCGGAUGACUCGCGGAUGGACGCGAGCGGGAACAAACAACGCAGUAGUGCGGGUCGUGGUUCCGAAGGUGCUCGCAAGGGCUACAAGAAGAUCAACUGGACGCAAAUGUUGAAAAUUCCAGGCAAUUCGCGGUGUGCCGACUGUGGCAAUGGGGAACCGCGCUGGGCAUCGAUUAACCUCGGCAUCACGCUGUGCAUUGCCUGCUCGGGUGUGCACCGAAGCCUCGGCGUGCACUACAGCAAGGUGCGGUCACUAACGCUGGACGUAUGGGAGCCGGAGAUACUGCGCGUCAUGAUCGAGCUCGGUAACGAUGUGAUUAAUCGGGUGUACGAGGGCAACAAAACCCGGCUGGCACGGUUCGAUCGUGCGACGGAUAACUGCGAGAUAGCGGUGCGCGAAGCCUGGAUCCGGGCGAAGUACAUCGAUCGGCAGUUUGUGGUGCCGCUGGGUGGUGGGACCGGUACAGGUCCGGACGAUAGCAGCACCUCGUCUUCGACGCUCUCGUUCAAGAGCCUCGGUGCGGACAGUUCCAAGUUUCCGGAAAAGUGGAGCAUCAAGAAGCUGCGCCGGCGCAGCUAUCGACAGCUGUUGCGGCGUACCAAUCAAUCGAGGGUCAAUCGAAGUCAACCAACGGAAGUGACGGGUGGGCAACGUUCGCAACCGAUCACCAAUCUCGACGACGAUGACGACGAUGAGGAGGAGCACGAAGGGGAGGACGCGGACGAUGAGGAGUGUACCGGAAGCCGGUCGAAGGGUUGUCCGGAUGCGGACGAGAAGGAUGUGCUAACGCACGUACCGAAACAGUUUGCCGAUAUCUUGCUGAUCGGGGAAAAUAUCCUGACGGACGAUCAUAACCUGCCGGACGAGGAUUUGCUGCUGCUAAACUCCGACCAGGAGUCGACCAGCGGCGAGGAAGAUAACGCCAUCAUGGAGUGCGAGGAGCUGGAGCGCCUCUCGCCCAACUAUUUGCUUUAUAAGGCGGCCACCGGGCACAAUCUGCCGGUGAUGAGCCAGGCGCUGGCUCUCGGUGCGGAGAAAAGCUGGCCCAAUGUGCACGACGCCGACCGGACGCCACUGCAUGCCGCUAUUCUCUCCGGUUCCGUGAUGUCGUGCGAAUUUCUGCUGCUGAACGGUGCGUCAAUUAAUGCGACCGAUCGGUACGGGCGCACACCGUUGCAUCUCGCUGCUGAGCAAGGUUCGGCAGCGCAGGCGUAUCUGCUGCUGAAGCACAAGGCAAGGUACGAUAUGGCGGAUGUGGAUGGGAGGCGCCCGAUUGACAUUGCGGUUGAGAAGGAGGACGCGGACAUCGUGACGCUGUUACGGUUAACGCUGCUGAACGAUGAGAUCGGUUCGGGCGAGGAUGGGGAAAGUUAUCCCGGGUCCGAUUCGACCUAUGUCGCGGUUAUGAAUGAGUUUUCCCACCUCGCGAGCAAUCAACCACAGCGGCUUCAGCGCAACCGUCAUCAGCAACAGCAGCAGCAACAGCAGCAGCAGCAGCAACAGCAGCAACAACGACAAGCACUAGUGGCCACCGAUGAUACCAACCCGAUAGUGACCGAUCUCGAUGCACCCGAAACGGGUGUGAUCAGCGAUCGGUAA